CUGCUCUUGCCACACACAUCAUGCACCAAGGGCCAUCUUGGAGGAACUGUCCCUAAGCUCGAAUAAGACAUCCUUCGGUCUCCAGCUUCGAAGUUUUGUGGGAAUUCAGCCCUGGACGAAGCACUAAUCCUUUUUCAUUUACUUCUACCAACUGCGCUGCAAUCUACUCCUACAGCCUCAGCCCCCAAUAAUUCCACGGCUCACUUCUUCAUACCUCAGUUUUCAGCUCUUACCUCGUCUCAGAAUCGAAUCCGUCGUCUCACAGACUUCACAGACUUCACAGACUCCACAGACUUCCUCACGACCUUGUGCGCAGUUCGCUCACCAUUUGUCGCCGUUUGCCUCCUGUGCGGUUCAGGCCCAAUCCAGAACCCCUCCCAUGAGACUGUCGGCCACCCACGUUUGACACGCUUCAUUUCUCCGUACGAGCAUCGCCGUUGUUGGCCUUGCUAGCUUCUCUGGUUGCAACCUCGUUGCUAUACGGUCAUCCUUGUCCUUGACAGACAGCACAGCUCAAAUUUGAGAGCGUGCGCUUCAAGCGCAACUAAGAAUAUCAAGAUGGAUGGCCCCUUGGCGAAGGCGGUUGUGGACAAGAAGCCAAUCCCAGAGAUCGACUUCACCUUGCAUAUCAUGGAAGAUGGAUCUCAAGUGAGCACUCAAGAGCGAGUGUGCAAGGAUGUCCAGGCCCCCGCCAUGCAAGUCCCUACGAACGAGCAAUUCUGGUCGCCCACCGACCGAUCGAAACCCAACUUGCCUUUUCUCAAACAACAUUUCUAUCGAGAAGGGAGAUUGACAGAAGAGCAAGCAUUGUGGAUCAUUGACGAAGGCACCAAGAUCCUGAAGGCCGAGCCCAACUUGUUGGAAAUGGACGCCCCCAUCACUGUCUGCGGCGAUGUCCAUGGACAAUAUUUCGAUCUGAUGAAGCUGUUUGAGGUUGGAGGAGACCCAUCGGAAACUCGUUACCUCUUCUUGGGCGAUUACGUUGAUCGAGGGUAUUUCAGUAUCGAGUGCGUACUCUAUCUGUGGGCGCUCAAGAUAUGGUAUCCCAAUACUCUGUGGUUGCUUCGUGGCAAUCACGAGUGUCGCCAUCUCACAGACUACUUCACAUUCAAACUAGAAUGCAAGCACAAGUACUCGGAGAAAAUCUACGACGCCUGCAUGGAAUCCUUUUGCUCCCUGCCUUUGGCCGCCGUUAUGAACAAGCAGUUCCUGUGUAUUCAUGGUGGGCUGAGUCCUGAAUUGCAUACAUUGGAGGAUAUCAAGAGCAUCGACCGCUUCCGCGAGCCGCCUACCCACGGUUUGAUGUGCGAUAUCCUCUGGGCUGAUCCUCUGGAAGAGUUUGGGCAAGAGAAGACGGGAGAAUUCUAUGUCCACAACCAUGUCAGAGGCUGCUCCUACUUUUUCUCAUACCCGGCAGCAUGCAACUUCCUGGAGAAGAACAAUCUGCUGUCGAUCAUCCGAGCACACGAAGCCCAAGAUGCUGGAUAUCGUAUGUAUCGCAAGACACGGACGACCGGCUUCCCUAGUGUGAUGACUAUUUUCAGCGCACCCAACUAUCUCGACGUGUACAACAACAAGGCUGCUGUGCUCAAGUACGAGAACAACGUUAUGAACAUCCGACAAUUCAAUUGCACCCCUCAUCCCUAUUGGCUACCAAACUUCAUGGACGUCUUCACAUGGUCCCUACCUUUUGUCGGAGAGAAGAUUACGGAUAUGCUCAUUGCAAUCCUCAACACGUGUUCCAAGGAGGAAUUGGAGGACGAAACUCCCAGUGCUAGUAUUACAGCUGAAACACCACCACUUGCAGAUGCUGAGUCCACUGAAGCCAAACGCCGGGCGAUCAAGAACAAGAUCUUGGCCAUUGGACGUCUAUCGAGAGUCUUCCAGGUUCUGCGAGAAGAAUCCGAGCGCGUUACUGAGUUGAAGACACAGUCUGGCGGUCGUCUGCCAGCGGGUACUCUGAUGCUGGGCGCCGAAGGCAUCAAGCAGGCUAUUCAUAACUUCGAAGAUGCUCGCAAGGUGGAUCUCCAGAAUGAACGGUUGCCGCCGUCACCAGAGGAAAUUGAGAAGCGGAGUGCCGAGGACAGGAGAAUGGCGCUUGAAAGGGCUGCCACUGAAGCCGAUAAUGACGUCCAACUGCAAGGUGUAGCGCGAAGGAUCAGCAUCGGUUCCAGCCAUUCACGUGGACAUCGCCGAAAGGAGUAAACUGCUGGUCAGUUCAAGAACUAUUAUCCGGUCAAGUCGGAUCGAUCACGGGCUACAUUGCCGCGACGUCCAAGGGAGCCCGCGAUUCUAGAAAGGAAAGGGAGCCGACUUCAUUGUGGGUAGAAUGAAUGGAUACGCAGCGUUUGACAUUGUGCAAGUGGCGCGCAUGAUGAACGCGGAAAGUGGAUAGGAUUUCGGAUGCAGCGCCGGAUAAUGGCAACGGUUGGCUGACAUCGUCCGAGUUCAUACUCUGUUGUUGGCGAGGUCGAUGGGCCAGGCACACCUGUGUUGAUGGUGCCAUACCUUUCAUCCAGAGCGAAGGGUACAUAAACAGAGCGUCCCCCUUCUGCCUCUAUGAAGCUCUAUGAUGAUAAGCAGGUCCUUGGUGCUCCUCUUUUCCUGCCGACGAAACAUAGGUAGCAGGACGAAAUGUUUGAUUUACCGGAUUCAUGACUUGUAUGCAAUGUCUCCAUAUUCUCCUUGAUUGCUGUUCC